AUGACUUCAGGUCUUGGAACAUUUGCAAAAAGUCUUACGAAAACCCCCAUAAAAACUGUAAAAGCAUUUGGAGCAUUUGGAAAAAGUUACCUUGAGAUUAGAAAAGCAAAUCUCAAGGAUGGUAAUUUAGCUGCACAUGAGAAAGCGAACUAUGAUGCUACGAAGAUAGCUGGUUCAAUAGUAUCAAGCGCUAUCAGCGCUGCUCGUGAGGCAUACAAAAGGUUUCGAAUCAAAACAAACCCAGAUGGAUCGAAGCAUUACGGUGACACUCGAACGCCGAAAGAAAUCAAAGACACCAUGGAUGCGAACAAAAGAGGCCGUGAAAAGGCGUUAGGUGAAAAAUUAGAUGUGGUAAAGAAAGGACCGCUAUUUAGUAUCAGACCACGUGACAGUACUGGACAUCGAACAGGUCUUGCAACACUUGCAAAAAGUCUUGUGAAGAACCCCACAAAAACUGUAAAAGCAAUUGCAGCAUUUGGGAAAAGUUACCUCGAAAUGAAAAAAGCAAAUCUCAAAGGUGGUAAUUUAGGUCCACAUGAGAAAGCUAACUAUAAUGCUACGAAGAUAGCUGGUUUAAAAGUAUCAAGCGCUAUCAGCGCUGCUCGUGAGGCAUACAAAAGGUUUCGAAUCAAAACAAACCCAGAUGGAUCGAAGCAUUACGGUGAUACUCGAACGCAGAAAGAAAUCAAAGACACCAUGGAUGCAAACCAAAGAGGCCGUGAAAAGGCGUUAGGUGAAAAAUUAGAUGUGGUAAAGAAAGGACCGCUAUUUAGUAUCAGACCACAUGACAGUACUGGACAUCGAACAGGUCUUGCAACACUUGCAAAAAGUCUUGUGAAGAACCCCACAAAAACUGUAAAAGCAAUUGCAGCAUUUGGGAAAAGUUACCCCGAAAUGAAAAAAGCAAAUCUCAAAGGUGGUAAUUUAGGUCCACAUGAGAAAGCUAACUAUAAUGCUACGAAGAUAGCUGGUUUAAAAGUAUCAAGCGCUAUCAGCGCUGCUCGUGAGGCAUACAAAAGGUUUCGAAUCAAAACAAACCCAGAUGGAUCGAAGCAUUACGGUGACACUCGAACGCCGAAAGAAAUCAAAGACACCAUGGAUGCGAACAAAAGAGGCCGUGAAAAGGCGUUAGGUGAAAAAUUAGAUGUGGUAAAGAAAGGACCGCUAUUUAGUAUCAGACCACGUGACAGUACUGGACAUCGAACAGGUCUUGCAACACUUGCAAAAAGUCUUGUGAAGAACCCCACAAAAACUGUAAAAGCAAUUGCAGCAUUUGGGAAAAGUUACCUCGAAAUGAAAAAAGCAAAUCUCAAAGGUGGUAAUUUAGGUCCACAUGAGAAAGCUAACUAUAAUGCUACGAAGAUAGCUGGUUUAAAAGUAUCAAGCGCUAUCAGCGCUGCUCGUGAGGCAUACAAAAGGUUUCGAAUAAAAACAAACCCAGAUGGAUCGAAGCAUUACGGUGAUACUCGAACGCAGAAAGAAAUCAAAGACACCAUGGAUGCAAACCAAAGAGGCCGUGAAAAGGCCAGGGGUUGAAAAGGUUCUCAUAUUACAUAAAACUCAUUUUUUUCCGUAGAACUCUUUGAGUUAAAACCUCGAGUUCCAAGGUUUUUAUAAGAAAACUCGCGAAGAGCCUAGUUCUAAAAGUUUCUUAUUUGUAGGCUGAAAUUCCAAGUUUUUAGUUCCAAAAGUUUCUUAAUUAGUUUCUUAAUUUUCCUAGUUAAAAAAAGAUUUCUUAUAUCAAAUAAAUAGCUAGUUCUAAAAGUUCCUUUAUAUUUUGGACUAGUUUGGUUUAAAAAUAAAAAAUAUAAUAUUUUUCGU